UCAGAAUUUUUAAAAAAUAUAUUAUUAUUAGUAUUUUGAUUUUUAAACCAGAUUCAUGUAGUUAAUGAGAAAAGACCAUAUGCUAUGUGGAAUGAUGCUUCUCAGCCAGUAGAAGGAAGUGUUGGAUUGAAAUCUGCUAUCAUUGCUGGGAAGAGGGCUCUCAACACAUUACAUAAAGAAUUGGGAGCUUGUGGUUUUUCUCAAGUUUAUGUAGAUCAAGUUGAUGAAAAUAUAGUUUCUGUAACUCGCCAUUGCCCAGCAACUCAUCAGUCUGUAAUAUUGAUUGCAAGAACAUCUUUUAGUCAGCCACAUAAUCCAAAAGAAACAGGCUAUAUUCCUCCUUUAUGUGUUCCUGGUGUUGUAGAAGAAAUAAUCUUUGAAGCACGAUUAAUAGAGAAAUCAAAUAAACGACAAUUUGAACAAGAUCCAAAAUUUAUAAAUGGUUUAGUAGACUAUCAGCUUGAUAUUAGAGAACAUAUCCAGCUUUAUGAAAGUGAAAUGGUUGAAUUAAGUGACAGUGGAGAAAAAAUGGUCAAGGAAGUUGAUUUUACUAGUUUUCCUCCAGGAUCUGUUGUUGCUUUCAGAGUAUCUUUAAAUGCAGUGGCUCGAGCAGCUAUAUUGAAAAUAAGAACAUCAGUUGCACAAUUUGGAUACCGGAUGAGGUCAUACAGUGGUACUCAUAUUAGACCUCAAGGAGAUGAUUUUGAAUCUGUAGUAUCCAGAUUAUCUCUAGCUGAUUUAAAUAGAGUAUUAUUUAGAUGUGAUCCUGAAGAAAGAGAUGAUGGGAAAGGUGGAGGAACAUACCAUAUUCCUAAUUAUGGGAAUCUUAUUUACUGCGGUUUGCAAGGUAUUAUGAGUGAAUUAUCUACUAUACAUCUUCAUAAUGAUCUUGGACAUCCUUUCUGUGAUAACUUAAGACAAGGUGAUUGGUUACCAUCUUAUGUGGCUAAUCGAUUAAUGCAACAUCCUUCAACAAAAGAACUCGGAAAGUGGUUUGAAAAAGUGUUUCAUUUUCUUAGUCAAAUACCACGUUAUUUAAUUCCAUCAUACUUUGAUACAAUAGUAACUGGAGCAUAUAAUGUCCUUCUUUCUGUCAUCUGGAGAAAUAUGUCUGAAUUUAUAGCUGAAGGAUCAACUUUUGUAAAAGCUUUAGCAUUAGCUUCAGUAAUUUUGGGAGGUUGUGUUAAAAGUUCACCUUUACCCCAAUUAUCUCCUUCUCUCUCACCACCACAACCACCAUCAACUGUUGAUGAAGAGACUGGGCUCAAACAACAAAGUUGUGUUACGCUUGCUGCAGGUAUCUAUAUAUUAAACUAGUAGCUGGGACACUCC